UGGCGAGAGUUGGAGCCGGGUUAGGGGCGGGCCUUCCGGCAAAAGAGCGCGUGGGGGGAAGGAGGUCACCACUAGUACCCCAACCCACCCCCCUCCACAUAAUGGAGCAAGUGUUGGGAGUGAAGUGAAUCUGGGAACCCGGCUCGCUGAAAGGAGAAGGAAAAAAGAAAGAGCAAGACUUGCACAGACCCAGGGACUCCUGCUCCUCAGUGCCCCAGAAAUGUCACCGCUCUCAGAAUAUGCCUUGCGCAUGUCUCGUCUGAGUGCCCGGCUCUUUGGGGAGGUCGCCAGGCCUACGGAUUCCAAGUCCAUGAAAGUGGUGAAACUGUUCAGUGAGCAGCCUUUGGCCAAGAGGAAGGAGACUUACGACUGGUACCCAAAUCACAACACUUAUUUUGCACUCAUGGGGAUACUGCGCUUUUAUGGCCUCUACAGAGAUGAGCAUCAGGACUUCAAGGAUGAGCAGUUGCGUCUGAAGAAGCUUCGUGGAAAGGGGAAACCAAGGAAAGGAGAAGGGAAAAGAACAAAAAAGAAGUAGCGUUGGGCAAUGCAGAGAGGAAGCUUCCUCCUUGGCGACUGAGAGCGGGAGAAAGAGUGUUUAUUGUCUUCCCCCACGUGGGAGGAGCGGAAGCUUGUGUUUGGAGCAACACAGUCAUCUCCAUGCUGUAGUCCGACCCGGUUAAAUUGCGACUGGUUCCUUGAACACAUUCUAAUUCUGCAAAAUUAUUUUGGCUUUGGUUCUGUAAUCUGAGGUUUACCUCGUUCCCUAAAGAAAAGAAUGCAUAAGUUAUUGUUGAAUAGCUUGUCCAGGGUGAGAGUGGGAUGGUGGGGAAGUGGAAGGGAAACAUUAAACAAGCACCCUGUAGUCUCAUU